ACUACGUUCUGUGUAGAACUGUUAGAACCGUAUGAUCAGUGUUUAGAAUUUUUUUGUUAUUCACCAAGCUAAAAUUAAAUAAUAAUGUUUAACUUGUUAUUAAUAACUACAUUUAAAUCAUUCAAUAACAACAUAAUAAAAAAAGGGAAGCAAUAAAUUGUAUGUUUUCAAAUUUCAACCACAUGGCCUAAGUGAAUACAACCGUGGUUCAUCUACACGAAACCAUAUACCAUUUAUGGAGGUAUUAUAUUGAGAUUACCGAGUUCGAUGACGAUGACGACGCACAAUUGAACUAAGUUGAGUCUCAGCAUCUGGUUAUUAUUGAGUAUUGAUGUAAUGACGUUUGUAUCCUUAGAGAAUUAGAAAAUAUUAUAUUUAAGUCUCCGCUGCCUUCGAUCCUACCUACUUGACGACCGUUUAUCGACAGCGGAAUCCGAACGGCUGAGAGAUGAGUUCGGAACAGUCGUCGAGUUUGGUAAUCCCUCAGAAAUCCGAAUGCAUGUACACAGCAUGCUACUGCGAAGAAAAUAUUUGGCAAUUAGCAAAACAGAUACUAGAAUUAAACAAAGACACACCAGACAUGAAAUGUUACGUUAUUUUUAUCUCCAACUAUACUAAAUGCGUACACUUGUGGAAUCAAAACUGUAGCCAUACUGAAGGACUUGUAUUUUGGGAUUACCAUGUGUUUUUGAUUGUUCAGCAUCUUGAUAAAACUUUGGUUUUUGAUAUGGACACUAGAUUGCCAUUCCCUGUUCCUUUUGCACAAUAUGCUAAGGAAGCUAUAAGAGAGGAAUUUAAGGAAUCUUAUUCCAAGCGUUAUUUUAAAGUCGUUGAUGGUGAUGUAUAUGUGUCUCAAUUUUCAUCUGACAGAAACCACAUGAUAGAAGAUGGUCGUUGGAUGUCACCACCACCUCCAUAUCCUCCAAUUUUAAACAAAGAAAAAGUUAACAAUUUGGAUAAUUUUAUAUCAAUGGAUCCUUCAAACGAAUUUGGACCAGUACUGAAUCUCGAGGAAUUUAAAGCUAGAUUUUCAUAAUUAUGCUUAUUACAUAAUGUGCUGUUUAACUUUAAUUGAUGAAUCUCAUUUUAUUCAUAUUAAGUAUUAUACCAUAAUUGGAUUUUACUUUCAAGAUUAAUUGAAAGUUUGCUUUAUUCUAUUAUAAUUAUUAAUUAAAUUUUAAGUUAUUAACAAAUAAUGAUAGACAAUUUCUAGGAUAAUUUUA